CAUCAGCUCAACCCUACCCAGCGCUAGCCCUACGAACCGCAGCUGAGUAUUCAACUAGCUCGGACGACCAGCAGUGCUGCUGCGUGCGUACGUUGCUGUUAUAGCUAGCCACUGCCCCCUGCAAGAAGCGCGCAAGGCAUAACAUAACCAACCAUUCAUGGCCGGAUCGAGGGCGCAGCCGAGCCUCGAGUUGAGCGUCAGGGUCGUCAGGGUGGACGGCCUAGACCAAGAGCAGCUGGAGCGCGGCGGGACCCUCUUCCUGAGGUACUACGUGCCGGCAGGGGACGGGCGGCGGCGGCUGCGCGUGGACACGCGGGAGGUCCCGUGCGGCGGGGACCUGCGCUGGGGCGGCGAGCUCGCGCGCUUCGAGCGCCGUGGUGGCAGCAGUGGCACUGGCGGCGCGGCGCCGGCCGCGGGGAUCGCGUUCGAGCUGCGCUGGAGGCCGCGCCCGUCCUCGUCCGGGCUGGCGGCGGCGUUGCUGGGGGCCGCGGCACGGGCAAGGAGGCCGUCGUCGCGGGUGCUGGCGCGCGCCGAGCUCCCGUGGCCCGACGUGUCGUCGUCGUCGCGGCCGGCGGAGCGGUGGCUCACGCUCUCGCUCUCGCAGGUGGGCCGCGACCGCGAGCUGGGCGGGUGCAAGGCGCCGAAGCUGCUCGUCGAGGCCGAGGCUGUCCACGCCGUCGCCGGUGCUCAAGUGACGACGGGAAGGACGCCCGGCGGCGUGCCCCCCGAGUGCUGCCGUGCCGGCGAGCGCUGCGGCCAGUGCGGGUGGAUUGGGAGCGAGGAGGACAUGUUCCUCGCAGCAACGUUCAGUCACUAGGCCGUCUCAAUUGUCGUUUCUCACAGCAAAAUUAACAACUUCGGACACUCCCAUGUCAGCGUACCUCUAUCGAGUUCGAGUGUAGCGGGGUAGCCCCCAGCUCCAAGUUUUGAGAAUUGAGAUAUGAUUGAUUGAAUGGUUUGCGUCA